AAAUGUUUUUGCGAUUUAGUCUCCCGUGUGGCACUAGGGGUGUAAAACAUUCUACCCCGUGUAUUUUUCACCUCUGAGGUGCGCAGGACGCCUGUUGCAGGGUAUAAAAGGCAGGGAGGUCCAACUUUUUAAACACAUUGAGGGGAAAGUUGUUGCCGUUUAUAUCAUCUGUUGAAAGUUUAGUGAUAUGAAAACAGUGCAACGAAGUGGUGUGCCAGUGGUGGCGGUAUGGCUUCUGGCGGGAGCUCUGGUCUCCGCGCAGAUCACCUUCAGCCGCGACUGGACUGGCGGCAAGAGAGCCGCCCCUCAACUGGCGUUAGACUGCGCGCAAUUUCCUAGACUGUGCCGUCACUUUGUGCAUGAUCUCAAACAGGCCAUGUCCUCAGAUACGUCGAGCAAACAUCGGCGCGAAGACGCUGAGAAGGCCCCGCCCAUUUACGACGACGAGAAAUAGUCCACACAGUCCACUGCGCCGCCAUCUUUGAACUAACAACUUGUUCUUUAUUUGAAAAUAGUUUUUUAUAGAUUUUUUCACAAAGUUUUUCACGCACUUAACUUACAUAUUUGUGUGUUAAUUUAAAAUUCUACAUUCUAUAAAAAAUAAACCUACUCGUAUAUAAUUCCUUAAGAAAAGCUCAUAUUAUUGUCGAUGAAACUCAUUGAAUUGGAGAAAUAUGUUAUCAAAUAUAAAUUAUUGGAAAUUGUACUAUGUUUGUAUAUGGGUAAUGUUGUUAGCUACCCAUUAGGGAUUUUCUGAUUUAUAUGGUUGUGCUAUGAAUAUAAUAUUUGUACUAUCAUAUACUUAGGCCAAGUUAACACAUUAUAUUAAGGCUGGCUGGCUGGUGGCUUAAUUAUUUUUAGUACAUACCUAUUUAGUCUACCAUUUCCUAGUGAACCAUUAUAAUUCUACUAACUUUCGCUUACUGCAAAAAAAAAACUCGCUGUAAAUACAUUGUGUAAUCAAAAUCAAAUUUAAAUCAUUUUUAGGUAAUAAAUGUGCUUACUAUAUCAAACAAAAUGUAAAGAUAUCUCUUGGGAACUAAGCUUUACGCCCUUGUAUUUACGGCUCAGUUAAAUGGAGCCAUAAUAGACAAUUAAGUAACUUAAGUAGGAUAUAAAUUUAUUAUAACCCGCGUGCAAUUUUGUGGCUCACAUUGUCGUUGCUUGUCGCAAAAUUGUAAUCUUUAUUGAAAACAUUAUAUUUGUACCUGUAUAAUACACUUUCAUUACUUGAUGUCAAUAUGCACGUUAACUAUAAAUGAUCGGUCAUUUUAUUACACAUUUUUCUUAUUACCGAAAAAUCUAAGGCCGUUUAAUAAACGAAAUUAUACGCGCGUUGGACUUAUAAAAAAAAGGGAUUGUACUUAUUAAUUUUGUAACGUAUUUUUGUUAUAUAAACUAAUCGAUAUUAGAUCAGUACGUACACAUAAAAACAAAUGGUUUUGUUUUAGUUUUGGGCUCCGUCAAAUAAGGGGUUCUAACUUCAAAAAAGCCAUCAGUGUGUGCCACAUAAUUUUACUAUUACAUUUAAACACUUAAUAUAUAAUUAAGUAUUAAUUAUAAUGAUUGAAUGCGCGAACUUAUGAGAGCCUAGCCCCAAAUUGUAUACUGCACAUGUUGAACACAAUGGAACAAUAAUAUUAAAAGCAAGUCAAAACCCACGUAAAUCAUUACCCCUGUCAUACAUAAACUAUUUUUCUUCUUAUCAAGCAUCUAUCAGAAAAUAUAUCAAAGGAAAUUAAUUGAGUCGAUUCUCAGUGAGACGCAGCUAACCAAUCACAGCGCGCCAUUGUGUCCCAUCGACAAACACACCGCUAUGAUUGGUUCGCUGUGACGAAUCAAUUCGAUAGUGAGAAGUAAAAUGUAAAUCCACACUUCGCCCUCCAAUUAUUUAGUGUAAAGUGUAAUGUAAUUUCUUUACGAUGUUUUCCUUUACCAGAAGCAAGCGUCUACUCUCUGUUUAGACAAAAUUAACUAACCACAGGGAUGUAACAGAAAUGAGCAUGUGUGUAGAUGCCAAAAAUGAACUGGGAAGAUUCCAAAUAAAAUAAUAAGAACUUAAUAAUAAAUUUAUUGUCAUAAAUUGAUUUUAUAUACAUGCUAUAGAAUUGGUUUAGAAUUAAGAAAACCAUACUGCACACGCGGUCAGUUAAAUCUAUAUUAAAUUCAAUAUUUUAUUAAUACUAUGUUAGAAUUGCAUUACAAAGUAUACAAUCAUGACUAAAUUAUGUGACUUUUAGUGAAUAUUUGGUCAAGUUUAACAAAAAGUAAACAAGAUGUGUAUGUGUUUCUAUCAGUGUCAGUGUACCUCACAAACAAAUGAACCGAUUUAAAUGCGGUAUUUUUAAAACGCGAGUCUAUUUUUGUCGAGGUAGCUUAUGCGCGAAUUUAAUUCAAUAAAAUUUGUUCAAACGUUUGAAGUUUGUUACAUAAAAUAUAGGUUUAAUUGAGAGAUAUAUACCAAAGCCAUGAUUGCAUAUUUGAAACUUAAGUUUAAAUGAUACACAAACACAUGAUCUUAUCAAAAACGUAAAAGAAAUAUGAACGUAAUAAAAAACGAAUCGUCGAACCACAAACAUUGUAAACUGGAUGUAGAAACAUGGCGACCCUGCCAUUAUUGUUUUGUGGAACUAAAUCUAGUCUUCAUAUGUGGAAAAUAUAUCAGAUUUCAACGCACACUAUGAUAUAUAUAAUAAUCUGAAAAUGUCUAUUAUAAAGAAUUAUACUAUUUGAAACUAAUUCAAAUAAUUGUGAUUCCUUAUAAAUUCGAUGUUUAAGUUAAAAAUAUAUAUAAUCUAUUAAAUAAAAGAUAAAUGGAAAAACAAAGACCUACCAUUAUAACAAGGCACGCAUGCAAUUUUAUUAUUACAUACAAAUAUAUCAUCAUAGUGUGCGUUUAGGGAACCCUGGGCUGCGGCACUUAACGGCUGAGGAAGAAACCGGGAAAUCGCCGAAACAGGUAGGCUUACCAUGCAUUUCAUACGAAAGACGAAGACAUUUCAAAGAACGGCAAAUAACUGUU